AUGGAGUUCGUGGAGGGUCUGAAGCGGUUUUGGAGCUUUGGGAUCAAUGGGCCAUCCAGCCCUCGGCGUGAGCAACCCCGGGCGCUUCGGAAUGUCCUGGGUGGCCUUCGUUUCGUAUCCGAUAUUCGCGAGAUAGCUGCUGGGAUCUUCGAAUACACCAUGUUCCUGGUGGUGUUGCAUGUUCCACCAGUUUCUUCGUUCAAGUUAUCCGCGUAG